AUGUCCUCAACAGCAAAUAAUACCAAAACUACAUCCCCAUCUCCUCCAAGCGCCGGGACCAAAAAGUCCCUAACACAAAACAAAGCAUGGAUCUACGGCAAAAAAGGCUUCGACAAAGCCUGGGACGCCCUUGACAAAGUCGGCGCCCCGGUCAACCGGCUAAGCAACAAACUUGGCUCCGAAGCCUUCUGGCCCAUGACGCUGGACAAAGAAAGCGAAAAGGCCGCUCGGAUCCUGCGCAGUUUCUGUAAGGAAGGAGUAUACGUUGCCGACGAUGCGACCGUGGCAAGCCGGGAACAGACACCCGACGGGAAGAUUGACAAACCACGGGGUAAACCCAAGGUUCUGCAGAAGAUUCCUGCGGAGGUGAUCCGCCAGGCGAAGGGGAUUGCCAUCUUCACGGCCAUGCGAACGGGACUGUGGUUCAGCGGCGCUGGUGGGAGUGGGAUCCUCAUCGCUCGCGUGCCCGAGACGGGGGAAUGGAGUGCACCGUCAGGGAUAUUGCUGCAUACCGCUGGUCUCGGCUUCCUGGCUGGCAUAGACAUCUACGACUGCGUCAUGGUCAUCAAUACGUACGAGGCGCUGGAGGCGUUCACCAAAGUGCGAGUGACGCUGGGAAGCGAGAUCUCCGUCGCGGCUGGGCCGGUUGGCAUGGGAGGGGUGCUGGAGUCGGAAGUGCACAAACGACAGGCUCCCAUUUGGUCGUACGUCAAGAGUCGCGGCUUCUACGCGGGGGCACAGAUUGACGGGACGAUUCUCAUUGAGCGCAAUGACGAGAAUGAGCGGUUUUAUGGGCGCAAGGUGACUGUCAAGGAGAUCAUGGCUGCUCACGUCCGGACGGAGAACGCGUCUGUCAGGAUGUUGACGCAUACUCUCCAUUCAGCCCAGGGUGACAAGCAGUUUGAUCAGACUCCCUCUGGAGUUGCUGUACCGACGGGACCGAGUCCGAGUGAUAUCGCGCCCGAGGAUCUGGCAAAUUCGAAUCUCAUGGCACACGGGGCAUUGGCCGCCCCGGCUCAGACGGCUACUGAAACUCCUGCUACCUUCAACGACCGUUCAGUACACUUAGAUGGCGUCCAGAACGAAGAGGCCGUCGUGGCGCAGAUGGAGAGCAUGGGCUUUGCUAGAAUCGAUAUCGAUCGAGCCAUGAGAGCGGCGUCGUUCAACCCCGAUCGCGCCGUGGAGUAUCUGCUGAAUGGGUUUCCCGAUGAUGAGCAUCCUGAGCAACAGCAACAGCCGGCCGUUGGUCCCGCGCCAGUUCAUCCCGAGCUUCCAGCUCCUCCUCUUCCCCCGAGACGUCACUAA